UGCAACAAAAACAACAACAACACACAUCAAAAUGUCCACAACCUUGAAGUUUGGCAAUGUAAAAUUAACCAAAUGGCAAUUGGCUUUGCUGAUCGGCACUCCAUUGGCCAUUGGAGCGGGUAUCUAUGUCUAUCGCAAGGUAAACACCCCACCCUCUAGCAGUUCCGAUGAGAGCGGCAAGAAAAAGCAAAAGGCUUUGGAUUCCAAUAAACAGUCCCUGUCAAUUGAUGGCACCACCGAGGACAAGGAAUUGGAAAAGAAAAAGAAGACUGUCGAGCUGGAAAAUGAAAAAUUGUCUCCCCUGAAGGAGGCCACCAUGUUCAAGAACGAGGGCAAUGCCUGUUAUCGUAAUGGUAAAUUCGAUGAAGCCAUCAGCUUCUAUGACAAGGCCAUUGACAAAUGUCCCAAGGACAAUAAAACCGAUUUAGCCAUUUUCUAUCAAAAUCGUGCUGCCAGCUACGAAAUGCUACGCAAAUGGCCGAAAGUCAAGGAAGAUUGUACCAAAUCGUUGGAAUACAAUCCCCGCUAUGCCAAAGCCUAUUUCCGCAGGGCUAAAGCCUAUGAGGCCACCAAUGAAAUCUCUGAAUGUUUAGAUGAUGUCACUGCGACAUGUAUUUUGGAAAUGUUCCAAAAUAACAAUACGAUUUUGUAUGCCGAUCGCAUUUUAAAACAGACCGGACGUGAAGAUGCCGAAAAGGCCAUUAAAGAUAAGAAACCUGUAUUACCCUCGAAGAGCUUUAUUAACACCUAUAUGCGUUCCUUUGUUUCGGAUCCCAUAUUGACAAUGUCUUUGCCCGAGUCGCUGGAUAAAUCUCAUGGUUUUGGUCGUGCCAAGCAGGCCUUGGAUAAUGAAAAAUAUGAUGAUAUUAUUGCGGCUUGCAAUGAAGAGCUGGAAUCAUCUGAAUCGGAAUCACAAUAUAAAACAGAAGCGUUGCUAUUGCGUGGUACUUUCCAUUUGAUUUCGGGUUCAUUUGUGGAGGCUCAACAGGAUUUGGAUGCUGUGAUCAAUAAUGAUGACGCUGAUAAGAAGUUACGUACAUAUGCCUUGAUAAGACGUGCCUCAUUGUAUAUACAACAAGAAAACAAAGAUGCCGGUAUUGAAGAUUUUGCCAAAGCUCAAAAACUCCAACCUGACUGUGCUGAUAUCUAUCAUCAACGGGCCCAAAUCUUUAUUCUUUUGGAUCAGCUUUCGGAAGCAUUAGAUGAUUUUGAAAUGGCCGUGAAAUUGGCACCAAACAAUGCCAUGGCUUAUGUUCAGAAAUGUUAUGCUGAAUAUCGUAUUGCUCUGAUGUCUCAGGAUCAAAUGCGUCUUAUGAUGGUCAUGAAUGAAUUUAAGAAUGCUGUGGAGAAAUAUCCCGAUUGUGUGGAAUGUUAUAGUUUAAUGGCCCAGGUCUUGAGUGAUCAACAGCAAUUCCCCCAGGCUGAGCAAUUCUAUGAGAAGGCCAUCAAAUUGGCUCCCGAUAAUGCUUCGUUGCUGGUACAUCGCGGUAUUAUGAGUCUGCAAUGGAAGGGUGAUAUUGCCCUGGCCAUUGACCUGAUGGAGAAGGCAAUUGAAAUCGAUGAUAAAUGUGGUUUGGCCUAUGAAACAUUGGGCACAGUGGAAGUGCAACGUGCCAAUUUGGAUAGAGCUGUGGAAUUGUUUGAAAAGGCUAUCAAGCUGGCCAAGAGUCAGGCGGAGAUGUGCCAUUUGUGUGCAUUGAGAAAUGCGGCUGUGGCUCAAAUAAAUGUCACACGUAAAUUGGGUAUACCCAUGUCUUCGAUAUCCGCCUUGGCGGAGGCGAGUAUAAUGGGUCAAUCGGCACAAAUGGCAGGAAAUUAAGUUAUAAGUUUUCUC